CGAGGGCGCUCGUUUCUCCAUGCUCGCGCGCGGCGCCUUUGCUCGCUAUGAUCGAUUUUUUAGGUCUAGGGCGCUGAUCGGGUCGCGGCGUAGUGUAGCUUCUUGCUAGCGAGCGAGGGGAGUGGCAGUCUCAAUCUCAUCAUCUUUGAUUGAUUGAUUGAUCUUCUUGCCCAGAUUUCUCCCAGAAUCGACAUUUAUUUGCUCGAAAUAUGGCUCUGGGCCCUGGCAGCGCCAAUCUUUCCAAGAAAUCUCCCGAGGUACCGGCAUUUACUCGGAUCAACAGUCAAAUUUCCGGCCAUGGACCCCUUUCCUGUUCCGUUAUAGAGCGAUCGCGAGCAAUGGCGCCGGGUAGGAUUUCUGGAAGCUGUGAUGCGGCUGGAAACACCUAAUCCGAGCAGCCGAGCUGCGAUUAGGUGCCGGGCAGGCGGUCCUGGCAUCGAUCAACGCAGGUAUGGUGUGGAUCGUUUCUUUAAUUGUAAGACUUGAUUAUUUCUCUUUCGGGAUGGAUGAAUGAAUGAAUCUGGAAGCUUGUGUGUUCUUGCAGGCGGUAGCUCAAGAAAAAAAAUUCUAGGCAAGAGUUUUUUUCUUCGCGUGAUAUGGCAACGAGACAGACGACGAGCCAGCACAUUGUGUCAGGAAUUUUUUGAGAUAAAAGGAGAAGAGGCACAGUUGGGUCAGGGAGAUCAUGCCCCCGUCGGCAUCGAAAGCUCCAAAUGCGACCGGAGCAGCGGAGGUAAGAUACUCUGCUGCUAAACAUUCGCCACUUACACCACCAAUGGAUCGAGCCAAGGGAGGCCAGCAGCAACGUCACAGGCAUCCUUUUCUUCUGCCCCAGCAGCAGCAGCAGCAGCAGCGCCAGUCUAGCUUUUCCCUGGGCUGCAUUUUUGAUAAUCCGGUAGCGUUUGAAGACUCUUCGUCGGGUAGAAGGAAAAUUGACUACACCGGCAUCUCCAGUGAAGCGAGAAUGGACAUGCUCGAGUGCCAGAUCAAAAGCGUGGACGCUUGGAACGGUGUGACGAGAGCGCCGGACUUGGUUUCCCCUGCACAGCAGCAGAGGGAGCUUAGGAUGAAGAUGAAGAUCCAAGCGCAGCAGCGUGAAGCCAAAAGGUGGAAACGGGAUGGUGUGGGGGCUUCUCUUCAUAAACAGGCAGCGGAGGUGGAAGACGCGAGCUAUGAUCCGGCGAGACCAGUGGCGAUCCAGACUUGUAGGCGGAAGUUGUGCCUCGAUGAUCCGUUGACAACAGCAACGACGAAUGACAAGGCAGGCUUUAACACCCCUCUUCUGGACGACUGCGAAAUCUACUCGGACGUCUCGGACUCGGUCCCGGAGGAUGUGGGCUUCAAUGGUUUACCAGCGGCCAGAUCAAGGAAAGAGGAGCGGAACACAUCCGGGUUUUGCACGCCAGUUCGUGACGCUCUACAGUCGCGCGCUUGCUCGCCGAUUAGUGACGAUGGGACUGCCUCUUUGAGAUCACUAAAUGCUCUAGACAAUUCCAUGGAAGCAGGCUGCUGUGGCAUUGAGCUUGAGGAUAUUGGCACCGACACUUCGAGAAGGGAAAGCUUUCGGUCCUUGAAAGCUUGUGCCACUGCCCGAGAGGGGCCUUACUUCGUCUAUCCAGGUUGGUCCAUGUGGAGUAGGGAGCACUCGUACAGGUCCCUGACACAGGAUAGUCCGCUCUCCAAGAAUUCUUGCGCCCCGUCGAUAAAAAACCUCCCGGGAGUCAAGACGCUGAGGGCGUCCCUCCGGCAGCACCUUGCAGCGGCAGCAGCGGGACAACGUCACAUAUCUUCUGGAUCCGUGAAGAGAUCUUCUAGCACCAACACCAGAUCGUCGACAGUCUCAGAGAGUACCUCUAUAAGAAAAUCACGGAGGGGAGCGUCUACAACAAACGUUGCUUCGAAAUGUGGGAAGUUUACUGUUGUUGAAGAGGCCAGAGUGCCACUGUUGAAGCCGCAGAGGACGGUGAGAAAGCACUUUUCUCCGAGAAAGCACUGGGAGCCGGUCACGUUUUUCAGGAAGGGGUUGAAGUCCCUGGCCUCGAAGGGAUUCCCGCACGAUGGCUUCAGCUUCCCGUCGGUAUUCCCGCUUCCAGGAUGCGGCCUUCCUCGGCUCGAUCAGAGCCACCUCAUGAAGCCAAAGAGGUUACUCUCCGAGAAGCGACGAAGCCUGCUAGAGAAGAUCCAAGACUCCAAAAACCUGGACGCGACCACCUCUUUCACGGGCUACCUCCAGUGCAUCCUCCGGCAUGGUCUCACGAGCUACAGCUUCUGGAUGGACGAACUUGACGAGGUACUCGUGGCGCGGCUAGAACAGGGAGAUCGUCGAGACAAGUGCUUCUCGUUUUAUACAUGCAAAGGCAAGGACAAAUCCGGGUGGCGGCACUGGCAGAAGAUCCGGAAGCGAGUCGUCAACUUUAUCGGGACGAUGAGCUUCUCCUGCUGCAUAUACACGGAAGUCGACCUCAAAGGCGAAGUCAUGCAUUUCAUGGACUCGGAGUUUUCACUUUUUGACGAGAGGCAACCAGCAAGCACUACUCCGCACCGGCGGACGCACCACUCCAAGUCAAGAGUUGCGUCAUACUUGAAAGCUCUCCUGGGAAGCCCGUGGGAAGGUGGCGAGCACAGCGACGCAGGGAUGAAGCCCAGGAAGGAGCUCGCAGCGAUGGUGAUCCGGGUGCCGCUGGAAGUGAGAAAGGCCAGCGUCACGGUUUCAUGCCAUCACGAGAAGUUCGCGCUGGAGAAGACGUCGUCCACGACCACGACGUGGAGCAGCAUUGUGGGGGCCAAAGGCGAGAGCAUUCACGUCGUACUACCAACAGGGGAUCACGGCCAUCCCACUUACGGUCUGGAAGGUCCUCGGCCCCUCGUGGAGCGAUGGCGGUCUGGAGGACUGUGUGACUGUGGGAGCUGGGACUUGGGCUGUGGGAUGGUCACGCUCUCCAAGGACAAGGACAGCAGCAACAGAGACAACGCAAGCUCGAGCUCCUCCUUGAAUCUCGUCGUCGAGGGUGUGAAGCGCAAGUUCGUGACGAUGAGUUUGUCCCCGUGCCGCGAAGAUGGUCUCUACCGCUUGAGCUUCCAGAGGCCGCUCAUGGGACUCCAGGCAUUCGCGUCGGCCGUGGCGAUCCUCCACAGCAAAAUCCACACUGGCGGAGAGGUGAGAUAUGGCAGCGCUAGCGAGACCAAGCUUCCCGUCACGCUCAUCGCUCGUCGCGACAAGAGCUUGCGAUCGUCGUGCCAUCCAAAUCCGCCAGUCUCGCCCAUCGAAAGACUGUGAGCGCUCGCGAGAGAUCCAUUUCACUUGUAUAUAAAAAAAGCCAUAUCAUUCUCCACGUGGCACUACUAGGCACUGCCACGUGGCUGUACUCUCAUACUUCCAUUAGGCGGCAAAGGGCUUUACAUGCCGCCACAUGGCAACGUCGUGUCAGGUUGCCACUUGGUAGAUUCCACUUGCCACGUUACAUGGCUGCAUGCUCUUCCAUUCACAAGAAGCUUCUCGUUAGCCCUAUGCUUUUCUUA